UCGGACGCCAUUUUGUGCGUCGCGUUUUCUUCUGAAAAUCAGCGGAAUUUUCACGUGAAAUUCAAAUAAUUUGUCUUCUAGGUGUUUAGUAUAAGAUGUCCAAACGUCGGAUUGAAGUGAUGGACCCUUUUAUCAAGAAAAAAAGAGAGGAGAAGGCAGCUGCCGCAGCCAAGUCGGGGAGCAGCGGGGAGUCGUCAGAGCCUGCGGCCAGCCUUGGAAGCAGCAUGCCGCCUACGACUACCAGCACGCCUGGGAUCAACCAUUUUACAGGUCUUCCACACUCCCAGCGCUACCACGAGCUUCUCCGACGCCGGCUCGGGCUCCCAGUCUGGGAAUACAAGAACGACUUCAUGAGACUCCUCAACACGCACCAAUGCGUGGUCCUCGUCGGUGAGACGGGCUCCGGCAAGACGACUCAAAUACCGCAGUGGUCGGUGGAGUUUGCGACGGUGACCGCUGGCAAGUCGAAGGGAGUGGCGUGUACGCAGCCACGACGAGUGGCAGCUAUGUCGGUGGCUCAGAGAGUGGCUGAGGAGAUGGAUGUGGCUCUAGGUCAGCAAGUCGGUUACAGCAUUCGUUUCGAAGACUGCUCCGGGCCGCAAACCGUCCUCAAAUACAUGACAGACGGUAUGUUGCUCCGAGAAGCCAUGUCUGACCCCAUGCUAGAACAAUACCGAGUGAUACUCCUCGACGAAGCCCACGAAAGGACCCUAGCCACUGAUAUUCUCAUGGGGGUCUUGAAAGAAGUUAUAAAACAGCGUACAGACUUGAAACUGGUCAUUAUGUCUGCCACAUUAGACGCUGGGAAGUUUCAACAGUACUUUGACAACGCACCACUUAUGAACGUGCCUGGAAGAACUCAUCCGGUAGAGAUAUUUUACACACCGCAGCCAGAGAGAGAUUAUUUAGAGGCAGCGAUCAGAACAGUCGUUCAGAUACACAUAUGCGAAGAGAUUGCGGGUGAUAUAUUGCUGUUUUUGACGGGACAGGAAGAGAUAGAAGAUGCGUGUAAAAGGAUUAAGAGGGAGAUAGACAAUUUGGGGCCAGAUGCUGGGGAGUUGAAGUGUAUUCCACUGUAUUCGACGCUGCCACCUAAUCUGCAACAGAGGAUAUUCGAGCCAGCGCCGCCCAACCGCAGCAACGGCGCCAUCGGCCGCAAAGUGGUGGUGUCCACCAACAUCGCCGAGACCUCGCUCACUAUAGACGGAGUGGUGUUCGUGAUAGACCCCGGAUUUGCUAAGCAGAAAGUCUACAACCCACGUAUCCGAGUAGAAUCCCUCCUCGUCUCUCCCAUCAGCAAGGCCUCCGCACAGCAAAGAGCCGGUCGCGCCGGCCGGACCCGACCAGGAAAAUGCUUCCGACUGUACACAGAGAAGGCUUACAAGCACGAGAUGCAGGACAACACGUAUCCGGAGAUAUUGAGAUCAAACUUAGGGUCUGUAGUUUUGCAGCUGAAGAAACUUGGCAUCGACGAUCUGGUGCACUUCGACUUCAUGGACCCGCCGGCGCCCGAGACACUCAUGCGAGCGCUCGAGCUGCUCAACUACUUGGCUGCCUUGGACGACGACGGCAACCUGACGGACUUGGGCGCGGUGAUGGCGGAGUUUCCGCUGGACCCUCAAUUAGCCAAGAUGCUGAUCGCCAGCUGCAACCACAACUGCUCCAACGAGAUCCUGUCCAUCACCGCCAUGCUGUCAGUGCCACAAUGCUUCGUGCGGCCGAACGAAGCGCGCAAAGCGGCCGACGAGGCCAAAAUGCGGUUCGCUCACAUCGACGGCGACCAUCUGACACUGCUCAACGUGUAUCACGCCUUCAAACAGAAUAUGGAGGACCCACACUGGUGCUACGACAAUUUCAUCAACUACCGCUCGCUGAAGUCCGGUGACAAUGUACGCCAGCAGCUCAGCAGAAUCAUGGACAGGUUUAACCUAAAGAGGACGAGUACAGAAUUCACGAGCAAAGACUAUUAUAUUAAUAUUAGGAAAGCACUUGUUAAUGGAUUUUUCAUGCAGGUGGCACACUUAGAGCGCACCGGGCACUACCUGACGGUGAAAGACAACCAGGUGGUCCAACUGCACCCCUCCACCUGCCUGGACCACAAGCCGGACUGGGUCAUCUACAACGAGUUCGUGCUCACAACAAAGAACUACAUCCGGACCGUCACGGAUAUCAAGCCGGAAUGGCUCCUAAAAAUAGCACCGCAGUACUACGAGCUAAAUAACUUCCCUCAAUGCGAGGCCCGACGUCAACUAGAGCUGUUACAAGCGAGACUGGACUCCAAGGCCUACCAGGAGGGCUUCUAAGGCCCGCCACCAGGCCUCGCGGUCUCUGGGACCAGUCUGAAACAAGUGACUACAGUGAUGUGACAGUGCAGUGAUGUGUGUUGAACGUUGAAGAACUGAUGUAAAAGAUAGUUGACCGUUGCAGUCGUUUGGGAAUGGCCGAAGUUAGUUAAUAAAAUGCUAAAGUCAAAAUUAAAAAUAUUUUAUUCAAUUUAGACCGCUAGCAGCACUUAUGAAUGUCAAAAUACAGUUAAAAAAGGUAGCCCUUAAGGGGCACUUUACAUGUCUCCUUAUCUUAUGGGCCCUACCAGCGCUUCGAGACAAACAUAUGGCAAGUGCUGAGAAGAAACGCCGGAACAAACUCAGUCACCACUAAUGAGGGUUUUCGCGAAUGAAAGAUCCGCUCGAUGGCGGGACGUGGAUGUGGGGUCUGACAGCUGCGUGAUUGGCGGAUUUUGACAUAUCUGUCAUUGUCAUGUCAAAAAUAACCAAUCAUGCAGCAUUUGGACCUCGCGUCUACGUAUUGCCAUCUGGCGGAUUUUUCAUUCGCGAAAACCCUCAUUGCCAGGAAUUAUCUAACGGUAAGAAAACCAAAUUCAAGUACAUCAAAUAUGUGCAGACUGAACUGACAACGCAUCCUUGUCAUCAAUAUAGUUACGACUACAUAAUCUUCUAGUCUCCCUGCAGUGGAGUAUGACCCUCUCUAAUUUAUCAGAGGCAAAUGGAAGAUUUAUCCUACACUUCCCACGCUGGCGAGGUUUGCACAUUUUGUCAUUUAGGCAUUUGUGUAUAGUUGAUUUAUGAUUGAUGCAGAUUUCUACUGCUUAUCUUGACUGACUCGCUCAUCACGAAAUCUCAGAAACUUUAAGUGCUAGGAGUCUUAAAUUUUGCAUGGGGAUUCCUUUUAGAACAUAGGUGCUCACUAAGACCGGAUUUUGCAUAAUUCAACCCCUAAGGGGGGUAAAACGGGGUCCACACGUACGAAGUCGCGGGCGGCCGCUAGUCAUCUAUAUGAUGAUAUUUGAAGGAUUUAUAACUUAAUAGCUUUCCGCCCGCGGCUUCGCCCGCGUGGAAUUUUGUCUGUCACAGAAAAACAAUAUCGCGCGCGUAUUUGCUCACCGUUUAGACCUACCCUGGACUACUACAAACAUUUUAAAACCAAAAUCAGCUCAAUCGGCCCAGCCGUUCUCGAAUUUUAAUCAGACUAACGAACAGCAAUUCAUUUUUAUUUAUAUAGAUUUUAGUCAUUCCCAAAUGAUUUCAAUUAGGAUAAUCUGUUACAAUGAUUUGGAUUAAGCUGUUAUACAGGUUGAAUUGCUCCUGGUAUUGGAAUUUUAGUAUAAUUUGAAAAACUGAUGUAUGAUACAGUCUGGUCUGUGAGCACGUAGAAUUUUGUCCAAUGACCCCAAGCUACCCAUCCUUAUCGCUCGCGCGUAAUUAUGUUGCUGUCGCGCUCGCACACUCACUGCGGGCGCGCGUCGCACAGUCGCGACAGCAACAUAAUUACGCGUGAGCGAUAAGGAUGGGUAGCUUGGGGUCAUUGGACAAAAUUCUACGUGCUCACGGACCGGGCUUUAGUAAUAUCAUGUCCGUAACUUUGUCUAUGAGACCACGAUAAGUAGAACCUUUAGACUAGACGCAGACCACCGACUUUUUCAGCCGAUAGUUGGGCCCAAUUUUAAUUUGUAUGAAAUCGAAAUCGGUGUAUCGUGCGCACUUCCAUACAUGCCCAUACUGAUUAACAGCCCGACCCAACUAUCGGCCAACUUAAAAAAUCGGUGGUCUGCCUAGGCUAACUUGAUAAUAAGUAUCAACAACUUCAAAGGGAGUGUAAACAUUUGAAGAUAGAAAAAUCAACUACAUAGUAAAAAUUUAGGAUUUCUACUUUUGUUACUGGCGAUGAACUUGUUUUUUUCGCAGCUGGGAUUUAUACUCGUAUUCACAAACGAUGCUUCCUUAAGUUAAUCAGCAAUCGAACGGACAGCGUUGAAUAGAGCUCUGUGAUUGGUUCGUGUGUCAUCCUGUGCGUCCACGCGCACUGUGUGACCUCAUUGUAAUGUUUGUAAAUACGGGCGUUCAUUUCUUGGCAAAAAGUCAUUUAUAGUUUCCAAAUAAAACAUUUUUUAUUCAUAAAAAUAAAACAAUAUUUUAGCUAAUAAUUGUCACUUUAUUAUAAUUUUGAUCUAGUUAUAAGAGAAUUAUGUUUUUAAGAUAAUAGAAACGUUUUAUUUUUAUGAAUAAAAGGUAAGUCGCACUACGUCCGAUCCCAAUCCGUUAAAAUACGGUUCGAAGUAGUUGUAGAACUAUUUUACACUACAUCCAAUUUCUCUAGUUAGUACUUCUUGCGCUGCUUCUCAGCACUGGCCCAUUUAUUGUCCCGAAGCAGUGGUAGGGUUAAUACUGGGACGUGUAAAAGCGCUUUUUAAGCCUAUAUUCAGCAAAGACAGCAAAUAAAUAAUUUAGCGAGCCACCAGUCUGCUUGUAACCACGGCUGCAGCAUAGCAGCCGAAACGUCAAGCCGUGAGUACAUAAUGUAACUCAGUCACAAAUGUCGCGUUCAUUUUAUUUGAGUAUUAAUUUAGAUCCGUAUUUUUGACGGAUUCGAAUCGGAAAUAGUGCGAAAACAUAGCCGGUAGACCAAGGGCUAAGGUAGUUUCUUAGAUCGCAAAGCUGACACAGUUUGUCAUAGUGUCGUGCAAUCUGCACACAACUAUAAAAAUGCGUAAGUUAUGCGAGCUAAUCCGAGGUUUGCGACGACACCAAUAAUAUGAAAUGAUGCCCAAUGUGCGUUGUCGCUUAGGCUGGCAAUAAAACUUGCAGAAGUUGACUUCCGCAAGCUGUUUACCACUGUGCAAAUAGCUGUGGCAAGCCAACUUCUGCAAGAUUUGCAUAGUGGUGACAGCUUGCGGAAGUCAACUUCUGCAAGUUUUAUUGCUAGUCUAAACUGCUUUAGCUCAACUAACUUACGCCCGUAUUCACAAACAUUACUAUGAGAUCUCACAGUCCGCGUGGACGCACAGGGUGACACACGAACCAAUCACAGCUCUAUCCAACGCUGUGCAUUCGAUUUUCUGCUUCACUUAAGCAAGCAUCGUUUGUGAAUACGGGCGUUAGUCUAUACUCACUUUUAGCUUAGCUCUUGGUCUAUAAACCGCAAUAGGUUCAACUGUCGUGGUCCAGUACAUCCAAGGUAGCAUUGUAAGCUACCGGAAAGAGGGUAGAACUAAAAGUUCUUAUACUGUAAUUGAAAUAGCGAAUAUAUUGAACGUGUCAAUAUAGACCUACACACAAUGAAACAA